AUGAGACAAAUAGGAGACACAGAAUAUUCAGAAAUUCUCAACCAUGUGAGACUAUGUUCUCAGACAAAGUCUGACAUAAGUGUACUCCGAUCGAGAUUGACAAGUUGUAUCAGCGAUCCUAUUAAUGUCAGCCCACCUCCAUUUGUUAAUGCUUUAUGCCUACUGCCUUUAAAAGAGCAAGUAGAAGAAUAUAAUGACAAGCAUUCAAUAGUAGAGACAACAACACUAAUCCCUGGAGUAGUGUCACAUGAAGAAGUUCCAGAAUCGCUCAUAUCUUCUAAUGACAGAGAUUGUGCUGGCUUAUCACGUAAAGAAGGAUUAGUAAAUGGAGCUAGAGGAAUAAUUGUGGGUUUCUCUUGGCCAAAUGGAGCUAGUGAUCAAGCAAAGAAAGGGAACUUACCACAAAAAGUACAUGUAAAAUUUCAUGAAUCAUGUGUAGGUCUAGUGAGCCGUGUCACAAUUAAUGAUUCAUCAGAGCAAGAAGCUGUCCCAAUAGAACCAGUCACAGCCAAGUUCUAUGGCAAGCAAGAAGUAACAUUACAGCAUACGCAGUUACCAUUACUACCUUGCUGGGCAGCAACUAUAUAUAAGGUUCAGGGUCUAUCUCUUGAUGCUGCUGUAAUCGAUCUAGGUCCUAAAAUGUUUGAAGAUGGAAUGGUAUACGUUGCCUUAAGUAGAGUAAGAACACUCCAAGGAGUUGCUCUACUAGGACUAGUUUAA